AUGGAUAGUACUACUUCUGUUGAUCAGAGGAUUGUUCUAGUCGGGAAGACUGGAGUCGGGAAGAGCGCAGCAGGAAACACCAUCCUAGGGAGGGAAGCAUUCGAGUCCGAACUGUCUCCAUCUUCCCUGACUGCUGAAUGCCAGAAAGCCAAGGGAGACAUUAAUGGUCGAAAGCUCGCAAUUAUUGACACUCCAGGGCUGUUUGACACAAAUUUUACCCAAGAAGAAGUGUUGAAGAGGAUCAAGAUGUGCAUCUCUCUUUCCGCUCCUGGUCCUCACGCCUUCCUGGUGGUUCUUCAGCUGGGCAGGUUCACCAAGGAGGAGCAGGACACCAUGAAGAUGAUUCAGACCACCUUUGGGGAAGAUGCUGAUAAAUACACAAUGGUGUUGUUCACACAUGGAGACCAACUGAGGAACCAGACCAUCCAAGAGUAUCUUUCACAUAGUCCAGACCUGAGGGCCUUUAUUAAGAAUUGCAAUGAUCGAUAUCAUGUUUUCAACAACGAAGUGAAAGACCCCGUCCAAACAAAUAAACUCCUGGAUAAAAUUGAAGAGAUGACUGCGGAUAAUGGCGGAACCUUCUACACCAACGAAAUGUUCCUGAAAGCAGAGGCAGCCAUAGAAAAGGAGAAGGAGCGACUCCUGAAGGAGAUGGAACAACAGAAGCAAAGAGAGCUGGCUGAGAUGCGAACCAAGUAUGAAGAAACAGUCUACCGUAGAGAGGAGAAAAGGAUGCACAUCAGAUAUGAGUAUGAAGCCAGAGCUCGAGCUGAAAGAUCAAAUGAGUUCACUUCCGCACCCAUAGCUGUAGCAACGGCCUGUGGUGCUGCCGUCGGAGGUAUACUUGGAAUUGCAGCGGGCCCAGUCGGUUUGGUAAUUGGAGUCGCAGCUGGAGCGGUUGUUGGAGCUGGCAUCGGCGCUCUAUCGGUCAAAGUCUCAGAGCGAUGCCAUGUGCAAUAA